AUGGACAAACCUUUUGACGAGAUCCAGGCAAUCUCCACGCUUCUUCAUGGACUAACGUCAGGUCUUGCAGACUCGGCCGAACGAAUCAACAACAUCCAAACACUCACUGAGAAACUUGUAGACAAAGAAAAGUAUGAAGAAUUUAUCAAAGAUACGCAAGUCGACUUUCCAGAUGAUUUGAAUGGAAAGCCAAUAGAAGAACAAGAGGAGCUUUUGAUACGGCAGCUCGAAAAAGAUAGAUUGGAUAUGGUUCUAGAACUACAAAGACACGACUUCAUAGGUGAAAAGUUGCUAGAACUUAUCGACCAGAAUGAGGAUAUCGUAGAGACUGUAAAGGAAUAUCUUCAGUCAAAAGACUCCAUUCGAAGAGAAGAAGAGGAGUACGCCAAAAAAAGGUUCGAAAAUUAUGCAGAAAACAUCCUCCAACCCACAAUUGACCAGCUAGACACAAACUUGUUUGACUUAUAUACUGGUAUGCAUAAGGUCCAGGAACACUUAAAGGAGUUCACUGAAAUCUCAGAGGAAACGAACAAUACCAUGGUAUCGCCCCAGUAUCAGUCUGAUUUGAAUAUGUUGGUAUCUCGUUUGAAUGAAAUGGUCCACAAAUUUGAAGAAUCUGCUAUAGCUAAGUAA